UUGAACCCCUCCCUCAAACGCUGUAAGGGUCGGAUUCCUGUAGACGCUAACAUGUCUCGAAGACGCUGCGCUCUGCAUUGUGAGGGUAAAUCUGUAUUCUUUUCGCUACCGAAGGACGAUGCCGUGAAGAGUCAAUGGUUAAAGUUCAUAUUUAGAACGAUACCACAGCAGUACAGCCCCAACCUUGUGCUGUGUUCCCGUCAUUUUGGUGACGACUCCUUCAGCAACCUGAAGGCGUACAACGCGGGCUUCUCAAGCCGGUUGUUAUUGAAGGAAGGAUCGGUACCCAGUGUAUUUCGACCAGCUUUUUCCUCCUCCGAAUCACAACCUCAGGUCGUUCCAAGUGGAGUUACACGUUUCGAUGUGGCUUGUCAGACGGACGGUCCACAAACCGUCUGUGUCACGACACAAACUGAUGAUUGGCCCAAAAAAUCUGUCGGCACACAACUGUCCUUCACUACACUGAAAGACAAACACAUUCGGAGUACAGGCUCACAGGCAACCACAUCAGCCUCCUAUGAUGCGCCGUUCUCAAGACGUAUAAAGACUCCUGGUUUCAGACCUCCCAAAAGACCUCACCUGGAGUUGGAAGAGGAGUCGCGUCGUUGUCAGACAUAAAAUCUGAGACAGAACCACAUGACUCGACCUUUCACCCAGACGAGACUACCGUUUCGCGUGAAACUGAAAUGUCGUUUGGGAAAAGACACGCAUAUGGAGAUGCAAAAUACAUUGUUUUUGAAUCGUGUUUGCGUGAGCUGUUUUCCACCUGUCCCGUUUGCAAAUCAAAGUCUGAUGUGGAGCUACACCGGAUGGGCACUUAUGUUGCUUUCAGCCAGCUUUGCCCCAAGUGCAUGUACAACAGGAAAUGGCAGAGCCAGCCCGUAGUUGGAAGUACACCGAUCGGAAACCUCCUCUUAUCAGCAGCGACUUACUUUACUGGAGGAUCAUUCAUCCAAGUACAAAAGAUUUGCACGGCCAUGAAGUUACACGUUUACCAGUAUGACACAUUCCAAAGACAUUGCAGGAAUUUCUUGGAGCCAGCAAUUGUACAUAAGUGGAAAAGUGAACAGCGAAACAUUAUACAGAAGUUACAAGACCGAGGAAAGGUUACUGUAGCUGGAUAUAUGCGUGCGGACUCCCCAGGGCGUUCAGCCAAAUAUGGAAGCUACACGGUAAUGGACAUGCAUAGCAAUACUAUUGUGGACCUCCAGCUUGUUCAGAGCAAUGAGGUUGGUGGUAGUUACCACAUGGAGAAGGAAGGCCUAAAGAGAUGUCUGGAUCUGCUAGAGUCUAACGGUGUAGAAGUGGACUACAUUGUCACUGACCGUCAUCCACAGAUCCAGAAGUAUCUCAGAGAACGCAACAUAACCCAGUUCUAUGAUGUGUGGCACUUCGAUAAAGGUUUGUCUAAGAAACUACAAAAACUGACUAAAAACAAGGAAUGUGGACUGCUGAGGAAGUGGCAGCGUAGCAUCAGAAACCAUGCUUACUGGUGCGCCAGUUCCUCCACAUCAGGACCGGAGAAGGUGGCGAAGUGGACUUCACUGGUCAACCACCUCCAAAAUGUGCACACUCACGACAAUCCCAUCUUUCACAAAUGUGAACAUCCAGUUAAAGAAUCAAAGGACCCAAAUAAAUGGUUUCAACGAGGGUCGCUGGCUAUCCACAAAAUUGAGAGAGCACUGUGCAACAAGAGGGUCCUCAAGGAUGUGGAGAAGCUCAGCCAUGAUUUUCAGACAUCUUCCUGGGAGGCUUUCCACAGCCUGAUUUUACGCAUUGCACCUAAAAAUGUAGUUUUCUCUUUCAUGGGGAUGUUGUGCAGACUGUACCUUGCUGUUCUUCAUCAUAACGAAAACGCAAGCAGAGGACAAGUGACAAAGUCAACAGAUUAUGUUGACGAGCUACUAAAGCUCAUCUUUGAUGAAGUCAUUAUGGACCCGUCUUCAUUUGUGGAUGAAAUGAAGGCAAUCCCUAUUCCCAUUCCUUUGUGCAGAAUUUGACAGACCACAAAUGAGGAAGCAAUCACCCAUCAUGUUUUCAGAUUUAAAUAAAAGAGGGGGGUCAGAAGCCAAAAUAAUAUCCAGCUGGGGGCCUGUGCUAUGAUAGUGGCUGAACAAACUCAAGGUUACAGGAUUAGUUUUGAGUUGACCAAACCACUCCAGUCUGGGUUUGAUGGUACCAUGAAGCCGGUCGACUUUUGUCAACUCGGGCUUGAUUGAGUUAAUGGAGCACGUUCACAUGAAAGUGUGACAUCAGUAAUGAGUAGCCAAUCACGAGCCGUAAAAUUGUGAUAAUUUCUCGAGAGUCAGUGCAAUUCACUAUCAAAAAUGUGAACCAAUAUGAAGAAUUAAAACACAUUUACACGGCAAGAUCUAUCAAAUGAUCAAUGAAAGAGGAAAACUCAAAGAAAACAUAUACCAUAUAAGUGCAAGUAAACUGAGUUCAUUCAUGGAAAAAUAUUUAAAAAUGAGUGAUUCUGAAAAUGUUUAGGCCAGCAAAAAAGGCCCACCACUGAGCUUUAAAUCUUGAACACUAUUCACUGUUGGGCCUAUUAUUAAAGCCAGGUUUAGGUUUCCAUAAGAAUAUCUCAGAGAGGUAGAGACUUAGGUAUGAUACGUUAAACCACAUACUGUUUUCUUUACCAUUUUGUAUGAAUUAUUUUAAUGUUACUUGCUCACUUUACUAGGUAAAGCUGUGCUAACUUAGAUGUUUUUUUUAACAAUACUAAGUGCUUUAUUUGUAUCAUUCCAAUGUUAGCUGUAAGGAAUAUAUGCUUUUGAAUUAAUAAAUGUCUGUAAGAACGUGG